ACUUGCGGCCGAGCUGUACAAGUAGAGUCGGUGUUUUUGAAGUCGCAUUUGCCUACCUGGUUGCUCCAGUACAAGAACAAUGUUUUUUCUUCUGCUUAGCCUUGCUUGUCCUGAGUGCAUACUAGGCGCUGGAAUUUCUGUUCCUAGUGGAACUACUGGUGGUAUUCAGCGCCCCGGCUAUGGUUUUCAUCCUCUGCCGUACGAAGAGAAUCCUCAACAUUUCCACGAGCAACUUCUGAGAGACCUUAUAGAGAUUGCUGAGCCGAUUUUCAUUAAAAAAAGGAACUAUGAGACCAACACUCUAAACCGCUGCCACUCGGCUCAGAAGAUUUUACAGUUGUAUGACGGUUCUUUCUGGUACAACCUUAACGUACGAACUCUUACGAGAGCCGGAUACCAACACUACACGUUUCCAAACAUUGCGACUCCAUUUCGGACGGGACAGCAUCUAUACCCCAAUGCUCUGUUGUACAGGUUUACCCCAGGGCACCCUGAAGUUCUUCGAAAGAUCUUGACCAUUAACAAACGUCUUGGUUGUGCAGUCUUGGUUGAAGAGCGCAGUGAUGGUAGGAAAGGAUGCCAACUAGUGCAGACGAGUAGCACGAUUGACUACCCAGUUCCACAACAGUGCCAAAGGGCAUACGACGAGAACUGCAAAGGGAAGAGCAUUACGCUUUAUGAACCAAGCUGCAAGAUUCGCUCACCAUACCACUACCCUGACAACUCGCACUUUUAGAUGCCUGUCCGUCAUGUGCCAGGCCCGAAUACCAUCAAGGCAUUUCUCGCAGCGUUUCGAAUACCUUCUACACGAAGCCUCAAAACUCUGCCCGCUUUUGACAUCCCAGACAUGGGUUGCGGAAAUAAAACCUUUCACUUGCUCA